GGAUAUUGUCAAUCAAUAUAUCGAUUAUCCUACUGCUUGGGAUCUGUGGAAGGGAAUCGAAGCCACCUACGGCUCCGGGAAAGAUCCCUUGCAGGUAUACAACUUGAUGGUGAAAGCUAGCAGCAUCAAACAAGGAGACCAGACACUAGAGAAGGUCUAUAGCCAAUUGCAAGCUGUGUGGAAGGAAAUCGACAGGAGGCGACCCAACCCGAUGAAAUGCCCAGAGGAUAUGACGAUUUUCACACAAAUUCAACAACAAAAUCGUCUGUAUCAAUUUCUACAAGCCAUAAACGAAGAGUUCGAUGUAGAAAAACGUGAUAUUCUCAAAACAGAUCCCCUCCCCUCCGUAGAAGAGGCAUACGCCCAAAUCAGGAGGGAGGCUACCAGGAAAGGAAUAAUGAAGGGAGACGAUGGGCCUUCAUCGGGAGAUGUUCCCUCAGGUCUUGGUAGUGGGUUCGCAGCCACACGGGCUAGAUUGCGAUCGGAAAAGGAGAUUGGUGGCCUGACAGCCGAAAGAGGGGGAAGAAGCUGCCUGGGGUCGCUGGGGCAGUGGUGGGCAAUCAAGAGACCACCAGCACCACCGCCAUCCAAGCGUCUGAAAACUUCGCCGGAAUCGCCAUGGGAUAUUCAGACGGGGAAGAUCAUUGGGCGUGGUUCUGAGCGUAAUGGCCUGUACUAUGUCGAGGAAUUUGAUCAUUACGGAACAGCUACGCUUGCUCAUGGGACAGUGGACAGGCAGGCAUGCCCAGUCCUGCCACCUGAAACUGUCCCAACCGAGGAAGUAAGUCACUCCGUGAGAUCAUCUUUUGAGAACAUUGAACAGUCCAACAACUCUGAACUCAUGUCUGAUUCUACUCCGUCUGAAAAGACUCCUGAGGUUAGUAUUUCCCCCAUUCCUGAUGAUUGCAUUGAUAAAUCUAAUGAUACCGUGGAAGAAUUGAAUAUAUCAAACAGAUAUGUUCUCCCACCACGGAAGAAUCGGGGAAUUCCUCCUGUCAGAUAUGAACUAGAAUACAUACCUCGGAACUCAAGAUAUCCUGUUGCUGAUCUAGUCAGGGGGAGUGUAUCACAGGCACUUCACACAUCCAGCCAUGAAGUUCCUAGAACAGUAGACGAAGCCAUACGAAUACCAGAAUGAAGAAAAGCAAUGGAGGAGGAG